GCGCGACGCUGAUAACGAUUCGAAGACACGAUUGAUAUUCGAAAGAGAAGAUACCUUGAACUUAUUGUAUUGUUUGUGCAGAGAACAGUCGGUUUUGAAGAUGUCGGCACAGAAUUCGGCGGGUAUUCAGACGUUGCUUGAUGCAGAGAGAGAUGCGCAGAAGAUUGUUCAGAAAGCUAGAGAAUACCGCACAAAACGUGUAAAGGAAGCAAGAGACGAGGCAAAGAAAGAAAUCGAUGCGUAUAGACAGGAGAAGGAAGAUGAGUUCAAAAAGUUCGAGGCAGAGCACACGAGCGGCAACAAGAAGGCAGAAGAAGAUGCCAACAAGGAUUCUGAAAACCAGUUGAAGGAGAUAAAGGAAGCAGGCAAGAAGGGGGAGAGUCAGGUUAUAUCGGAUCUGUUGAAGGCAGUCUUCGAUGUUAAGCCUGUUGCACCUGAACGUGUUGAAGGACCAAAAUAAGGCACUCUAUCUUGAGGUUAUUAGGGAAAAGGGGUUGAGCGACGAGAAAUUGUAAGGGGAGAGGGUUGUGGUAGUGAGGGCUAUCAUCAGUCUUCCGCCAUGAUGAGAGUUUUAUUGAAGUUACGGUUGAAGUGAAGAGGCAAUUGAUGAGAACCUGUGUAUAGACUAGCUUGCGAUUCAACAACAAAGAUAUCCUCU